AUGAAGUCUGGUAAUUACCAACAAUUCGGAAUGAAUAAUCUUAAUAACCUGAAAGGUUUUGCUUCCAAGAUGCGAGAGCAGGCGAGAGACGCCGCCAAAAAGCUACCUUCCUUGGAUGAGAUGGCAGCCAAGGACGAUUACAUUCACAAGGAGGAGUUUAACGUGAAAGGAGAGAAACAAGAAGAGGAACAACAACGAAAUGGUGAAAGAAGAAUAAAGAAAGAAGAAAAUUCAUCAGAUACUCCAACGCCAUGGUCAUUAAUCGACAAGCGAAUCUUUCAAAAUGAGGCUUCUGAAACGCCGUCAAUCCCAUCCAAACCACAAAGUGAUGAAGCAUCAUUCAAGAGCAGCUUGACGGAAGAGGAAGACAUCCCAUUGAUAGUCAAUGAUAGUCCAAUAGAAACGGCUCCAAAGAAAACGAGGCCGCUUAUGAUGUCAGUAGUGACAGACGCGAUGACCGCAAGGCCAGCAUCACCUGAAACAUGUGAAGUGGAUGAUGAAAGUAGUGUUGCAUCGGACAGUUCCAGCGAUAGUGAUAGUUGGAACGACGAAGGAGACGAAGAAGAUGAUCCAAUCCUGUCAAUGAUUCGUAAGAGCAAAGUUGAGGAUGGUGCAGCACAGAAAACGAAGAAGCCAAAGAAGUCCAAUUCCAAAACGUCGAAGAAGCAGUUAGCCAAAGAAGAAAAACCAAAAAUGCAUCGAUUUUUGGCAGACAUGGCCGAUGCGGAGAAUCAAAUGGAAACAAAUUCACAGUCGAACGAAGAACAAACUUCAAUAUCUUCAAUCUCAUUAUCGCUACCGGCAACGCCAAGGGAACUGGGAAGCUGGAUGAAGAAUAUGGCGUCCAAUCAAGUGAACAAGAUAUUGAAACGGCCCGACCUUUCGCAAUCGUCGACAACUACAACCUCGUCGGCACCACCAUUGGCAUCCAGGUGGAAAUCAAAACUAGCAGCUGUCAUUCCAAUGCAAGAAGAGUAUCAUUCGCAAGACUCGGCGGAUUUGCUGGGAGAUGAUGAACUCAGGCAGCUGGCAAGCUUCAAGCAAAGCAAUUCUGGUGGAAAGCUCAGCACAAUGAUGGCUGCAAUGUAUGAAUAUCGGCAAUUUGCAUUCAUUCUCUUUACGCUCAUACUUGCAGGCGUUGUUUAUUUCUUCAAGUUUUCGGAACUCGAGGAUGGCGUAACAUAA